AUAACGUUCAACGUCACAAAAUUAGCAUUUGCAACAAGGUGAUCAGAUUUGAUAGAAUUGCUGCCAUACAAAGGGCAAGCAUAGGCUAGCUUGAACUGUCAUCCAAAUUUAGAGUUUGGAGGAAUCUUAAACCGUGACAAUGAAAUUCCUGUAUAAAGAGGAGCACCCAUUUGAGAAGAGAAGAUCGGAGGGGGAAAAGAUCAGGAAGAAGUACCCAGAUAGAGUGCCAGUGAUAGUGGAGAAAGCCCCCAAAGCCAGAAUUGGUGAUUUGGACAAGAAGAAAUAUCUUGUACCCUCUGAUCUUACAGUGGGACAGUUCUACUUCCUAAUACGGAAGAGGAUUCACCUGCGGGCAGAGGACGCCCUUUUCUUCUUUGUCAACAAUGUCAUUCCUCCCACCUCAGCCACCAUGGGACUACUUUACCAGGAACACCACGAAGAGGACUUCUUUCUUUACAUUGCCUACAGUGACGAGAGUGUCUACGGAAACAGCCAAACGAAAGUCUAGCUAACCACCUUUCAGCACAUCUGCAGUCUGACUCUGCAUCGUCACAAAGAUAAAUAAAAGCAAUUUAGUUGCCACCAGAUUAAUCUUUUAAUGCACUUUCAAACCCUCUUUCCCCUUUUUAAAGCUGAAAUCCUUAAUUGAAACGAUAAAGCGACCACCCCGCCUCCGUUUUGGUAAAAAGUGACGGGAUGGACCUGUGGAAAUGUAACCACUCUCAAAUUCAUAGACCGAGCUAUUGAUGCAAGGACUGACCAUGCAUGAUAUCAAAAUUAUAGUUAACAAUAUUUUGAGGCUAUACAGUAGUUUAAAACGUUGUUUACCAACAUUGGAGUAAAACAAGCUUCUAUUUUGGGUUCAACAGUUGAUCUAAGCUCAUGAGGCAUUUAUAAGUUAUUUUUCAAGAAUCAUUGGAAAUAUAUAAUUUAUUAUUCCCAAAACUGAUGUGACAACUACGGAUUCUAGCUUUAACAUUCAGACAACCAAAUCUACAUCUGUGUUCUCCUGUCAUAGUUGUUAUCCACAGCACAUUUUUGUUUGUUCGUUUCACCUCCCAAAUGGCUUAGGGAUAGUUUCUUGGACACAAUUCAAUCCUUGUCCAGAAUUAAAAACUAUAUAUUCUCUAUUGAACAUGUGUUUGUCUAGGAAUAGGCUUAGUCUAUGUCUGAGAAACAGGCCCUUAAUCUACCCGAUUACUCUGUUGCUAGCAAUCAUCUUUUUUAGUUUACUUGAAAGAUUAGCUUUUCGACCUACAGCAUAUCACACCCCUCACAUUUUUGUAAAUAUUUGAGUAUAUCUUUAUGUAACGACAGUGCUACAAUGUAAAGUAGUGAGUGUACAGCUUGUAUAACAGUGUAAAUUUUCUGGCCCCUCAAUAACUCAACACACAGCCAUUAAUGUCUAAACCGCUGGCAACAAAAGUGAGUACACCCCUAAGUGAAAAUGUCCAAAUUGGGUCCAAAGUGUCAAUAUUUUGUGUGGCCACCAUCCUUUUCCAGCACUGCCUUUGGGCAUGGAGUUCACCAGAGCUUCACAGGUUGCUACUGGAGUCCUCUUCCACUCCUCCAUGACGACAUCACGGAGCUGGUGGAUGUUCGAGACCUUGCACUCCUCCACCUUCCGUUUGAGGAUGCCGCACAGAUGCUCAAUAGGGUUAAGGUCUGGAGACAUGCUUGGCCAGUCUAUCACCUUUACCCCCAGCUUCUUUAGCAAAGCAGUGGUCGUCUUGGAGGUGUGUUUGGGGUCGUUAUGUUGGAAUACUGCCCUGCGGCUCAGUCUCCGAAGGGGGGGGGUCAUGCUCUGCUUCAGUAUGUCACAGUACAUGUUGGCAUUCAUGGUUCCCUCAAUGAACUAUCUCCCCAGUGCCGGCAGCACUCAUGCAGCCCCAGACCAUGACACUCCCACCACCAUGCUUGACUGUAGGCAAGACACACUUGUCUUUGUACUCCUCACCUGGUUGCCGCCACACACACUUGACACCAUCUGAACCAAAUAAGUUUAUCUUGGUCUCAUCAGACCACAGGAUAUGGUUUCCGUAAUCCAUGUCCUUAGUCUGCUUGUCUUCAGCAAACUGUUUGCGGGCUUUCUUGUGCAUCAUCUUUAGAAGAGGCUUCCUUCUGGGACGACAGCCAUGCAGACCAAUUUGAUGCAGUGUACGGUGUGUGGUCUGAGCACUGACAGGCUGACCCCCACCCCUUCAACCUCUGCAGCAAUGCUGGCAGCACUCAUACGUCUAUUUCCCAAAGACAAGCUCUGGAUAUGACGCUGAGCACGUGCACUCAACUUCUUUGGUUGACCAUGGCGAGGCCUGUUCUGAGUGGAACCUGUCCAGUUAUUGUAAAUGAGAACUUGUUCUCAACUUGCCUACCUGGUUAAAUAAAGGUGAAAUAAAAUAAAAUCGCUGUAUGGUCUUGGCCACCGUGCUACAGCUCAGUUUCAGGGUCUUGGCAAUCUUAUAGCCCAGGCCAUCUUUUUGUAGAGCAACAAUUAUUUUUUUCAGAUCCUCAGAGUUCUUUGCCAUGAGGUGCCUUGUUGAACUUCCAGUGACCAGUCAGUAUGAGGGAGUGUGAGAGUGAUGACACCAAAUUGAACACACCUGCUCCCCAUUCACACCUGAGACCUUGUAACACUAACAGUCACAUAACACCGGGGAGGGAAAAUGGCUAAUUGGGCCCAAUUUGGACAUUUUCACUUAGGGGUGUUCUCACUUUUGUUGCCAGUGGUUUAGACAUUAAUGGCUGUGUGUUGAGUUAUUUUGAGGGGACAGCAAAUGUACACUUAUACAAGCUGUACACACUACUUUACAUUGUAGCAAAGUGUCAUUUCUUCAGUGUUGUCACAUGAAAAGAUAUACUCAAAUAUUUACUAAUAUGUGAGGGGUGUACUCACUUUUGUGAUAUACGGUAUACACAUUUACCUAUACAGUAUGCAUUGACAUUGCACCCAAACAUUUCAGUGGACAGUUUUGGUGAUUCAUCUUACUGUAGCUUCAUAGACCAAUGAAGGUUAUUUCUGUGAUAUGAAGGAUACGUUAGCCUGAAAGCCAGACCUGUUUCUUUCUCUCCCUGCGUGACCACCUCCCUCAGAUGACCACUCAAGCCAUUAACUUUCUAAUGAUUGUCCAUCUUAUGAUGUUGUGAUGUUUUUUCUAAAUUGCAUGCUUUUUUGUUUAGCUUUAAAGCCCAUUGAGAUUCUUUAUGUAAUGAACAGUGCUAUAAAAGUUGAAUAAAUUAUUAUUUAUCUGUC